AUGGCACCCGCCCGGACUGCAGAACCACCCGUAUCAUGGUUCACCAACGUCGACUCCCCAGUUCCUCCACACGUUGGACCUCCACGAAACAUCGCUGCAAUUGACGCGCUGAAAUUCGACCCCAGCCUCCAGCCCAAGCAGUACAAUAUACUUGGCACCCAUCCUGAGUCCAAGAUCCUUUUUGCAGAUGUGAGCAUUUUCGAUUCUACAGGCAGGGAGCCCUUCCGAGGGGAUGUUCUCAUUGAAGGAGAGCGAAUUGUCGCCGUCGGAGACGUUUCGAAUGUUGAAGAGUUGAAGAAGGAUCCGACGGUCAGAGUCUUUAACGGUAGGGGACGCACCCUCAUGUCCGGCCUUGGAGAUGCUCACACGCACUUCACCUGGAACGGCGGUGACCUCGCUCGACUCGGUGAGCUGGGAGUGGAAGAGCAUGUCUUGCUUACCGUGCGGAGCGCCCAAUGUUUCCUCGACUCUGGCUACACCAUGUGCUUUGGAGCUGCAUCAGCAAAGGAACGCUUGGACGUGGUGAUCAGAGACGCCAUUAACGCCGGUGAUAUACCGGGCCCGCGUUACCUAGCGAACGGCAAGGAAAUGGCGCGACGGGACGGAGCUCUUGUCGAGGGCAUCACUGCCUAUGCCGAUGGUCCGGAAGAAAUGAGAAAAGUGAUCAAGCACCACGUUGCUCUUGGUGUAGACAACAUCAAACUCAGCAUGUCAGGCGAAGAGAUCACGGAGAUCAGGUCUGCGCAAGAUUGCUAUUUUAGCGAUGAAGAGACUGCAGCUUGUGUUGAUGAGGCCCACAAAUAUGGAAAGAGGCUUUGUGCUCACGCUCGUGCUCGGGACUCCGUUACAAUGUGUGUUCGACACGGAGUCGAUGUCAUAUUCCACGCAUCUUAUAUUGACGACGAAGGGAUGGACAUGCUAGAGAAGGCUAAAACGAAGCACGUUGUCGCUCCAGCGAUCAACUGGCUCAUAGCAACACUUUAUGAAGCGGAAGCCUUCGGUUAUACGCAUGAGCAGGCCGAAAAGGUGGGCUACAAGCGCGAGCUUGAUGCCGCCAUCGCAGGACUGCGAGAGAUGCAUCGGCGCGGCAUCGUGGUCCUACCAGGAGGCGAUUACGGCUUCGCAUGGACGCCGCAUGGCACUUACGCGCGGGACCUGGAGCAUUUCGUCAAGCUACUCGGGUUUACUUCACACGAGUCUCUUAUCGCUGCCACUGCAGGCGUUGCAGCGCUGCUGAUGCGGGGCCAUGAGCUGGGUAAGAUCAAAGAAGGCUACUAUGCAGAUUGCAUCCUUGUUGAUGGCAACCCACUCGAGGAUAUCUCGAUCUUGCAGGAUCAUGAUAAACUCAACAUCAUAGUUAUUAACGGGCGAGUCCACAAGGCUGGCCGGAGAGAGUAUGUGCGGGACAACGUGUCUCUGCCCGUGGCUGGUCAGGAUGGAAACGUGCAUCCUAUCGCGCCAGACAUCGAUUUUCCGGAGGUGAAGAAGCAGAUGCAAAAGGCUUACUAG